AGACACAGCAGUGGAGCCACAACACAGAUAAUCGUCUCACCCUGAGACAGAGAGGAGACAGAGAAGAAAGAGGAAACAGUAUAUAUUAAGGGUGUUUGUUCUUGUAUGUUUGAUUAGAAAAUCCUGUCUGUUGUGGAUUUUACAUUACUUUUUACACUUGGAUCUGAAAGAAAAUUCUACACGGAUUUAAUUUGAAGCCUGGGGACCAGUGCACACUGGAAGGAUUAAUUCUUCUUAAAGAGGGAAGAGGGACAUGCCAUCUUAUAAGUGAAGGAACUUUUUUUUUUUUCAUUUAGGUGGAAUAUUUUCAUUAGAACCCUGACCAUAGAUGGACCUGGAGUUGGAUCUAUUUCCUCUGAACUGGAUAAACGAAUAAAAGAUGACAGCAUAGAAGACAAAACAUUACAUUACUGAAAACAUACUCUAACUUCCGUGGUUCAUCUCAGGUCUUCACUACAUUCUACGCUUUUUGUAAAAGACGCAAACAAAUCAAGACAUUAUAAAACAUUUACUCAGAUACUGCUGGAGCACACAAGUUUUAGCUAUGGCAGAAAGGAGACGAAUGGGCUACAGCAUGCACAGGAAGAUCCUGGAUGAAGGAGCAGUGGAUGAGAUGGCAGAAAAGUCUGACUCUAAAACUUCUCUGUCUGAGAAGGUCAAAAAGUCAAUGAGGUGUUCUGGUCCCAGGUUGAAGAACUGCCUCUUGGGUACUGUUCCUGUUGUAUCGUGGCUGCCUCGAUACUCCAUCAGAGAAAAUGCCCUGGGUGACCUGAUCUCUGGAAUCAGUGUGGGGAUCAUGCAGCUGCCGCAGGGUAUGGCCUAUGCUUUGCUAGCAGCUGUUCCUCCAGUCUUUGGCCUUUACUCUUCCUUCUACCCAGUCCUCAUCUACUUCAUCUUCGGCACAUCCAAGCACAUCUCAAUUGGAACAUAUGCGGUAAUGAGUGUAAUGAUAGGAGGGGUGAUAGAACGAUUAGCGCCAGACUCAAAUUUUAUGAUAUGGGACAAUGAGACCAACUCCAGUAUAAUUGAUGUCACUUCCCGGGAUGCUGAGAGAGUCAGAGUGGCUGCAGCCGUCACCUUCAUAUCUGGAUUAUUUCAGAUUGUGCUCGGUUUAGUCCAGUUUGGUUUUGUCGUGACCUACUUGUCUGAGCCGCUGGUCCGAGGUUACACCACAGGAGCUGCCAUCCACGUCAUCGUGUCCCAGCUCAAAUACACUUUUGGCAUCAGCCCCGUGAGACACAGUGGACCCUUCUCACUGAUAUAUACUGUGUUGGAGGUGUGUUAUCUUCUUCCACAAACCAAUGUUGGCACUCUUGUGGUCAGCAUCGUCGCUAUAAUCGGUCUCAUCCUCGCUAAGGAGCUCAAUGCAUACUUGAGUAAAAAACUACCUAUUCCUAUACCUGUGGAGCUGCUUGGUAUUGUCAUUGCUACAGUAGUUUCCUGGCAAGUUGACUUGAAUGGGAAAUAUGGAGUGGAUGUGGUAGGACUGAUUCCCUCAGGUCUCCAGCCACCUGCUCUCCCAGCUGUGUCUCUGUUUGGUCAGGUGAUUGGAGAUGCCUUCGCCCUGGCUGUGGUUGGCUACGGCAUCGCCAUCUCACUGGGACGAAUCUUUGCCCUGAAAUAUGGAUACAGUGUGGACAGCAACCAGGAACUAAUCGCUUUGGGUCUGAGUAACUCCGUCGGAGGAUUCUUCCAGUGUUUUGCCAUCAGCUGCUCCAUGUCUCGCACUAUGGUUCAGGAGAGCACAGGAGGGAAGACUCAGGUUGCUGGGGCUCUAUCAGCAAUAGUUAUCCUUUUCAUCACACUCUGGAUUGGAGCUCUCUUUGAAGAUUUGCCAAAGGCAGUGCUGGCCGCCAUCAUCUUCGUCAACCUCCAUGGCAUGAUGAAGCAAUUCAUGGACAUCCCUGCACUCUGGAAGAGCAACAAAGUAGACAUGGUGGUCUGGGUAGUCACCUUCAUCCUCACCGUGUUGUUCAACCCCGACCUGGGACUGGCUGCUUCUAUCGGAUUCUCCAUGCUCACCGUCAUCUUCAGGACACAGCUACCUCAAUACUCUCUAUUAGGGCAGGUCCCAGACACUGACAUUUACAGGCCACUGGAGGACUACAAUCAGGUGAGGCAGGUACCAGGGAUUUUGAUCUUCCAUUCCUCUGCCACCCUCUACUUUGCUAAUGCUGAGAUGUACCAGGAUGCCCUUGCAAAGAAGUCUGGCUUUAACAUUACCAAGAUCCUGUCAGCCAAGAAGAAACUAGAGGCCAAAAGGAAGAGGCAUGAAAAGAAAAAUGCCAAGAAAGCCAAGAAAGCUGCCAAGAACAACGCAGUUGACCCGGGGAAGGUGACCAGAGACAUGAUAUUUACCGGGGAGCCAGAGAAGGAGGAGAAGGACAUUGCCAUCAUUGAGAUCGAUGCUGAGCACGACCCCUCACUCCCCAGAGCCAUCAUCCUCGACCUCAGCCCUGUUAACUUCCUGGAUACUGUGGGAGUCAAGACGCUACGCAGGAUCCGGAAUGACUACGAAGAAAUUGGUGUAGAGGUGCUUCUUGCUGGCUGCCAGACUGGUGUGGUGGACAACCUGCAGACUGGAGGUUUCUUUAAUGAAAAAGUGACAAAGUCCUGUCUCUUCUACACCGUCCAUGAUGCCGUUUUGCACUGUCAGUCCUCCAGAAAACUAAGCCAAGAUAAGGAGAUCACAGCAACACAUUUCUGAGCCCUGAGAGGAACGACAUAUUAUGAAGAAGUGCCAGACACUCUGUCUAUAUGAGGAUUUUAUCCAGCGAGCCUCAGAGAACUGGAUCAAUCGUCUGUCAGAAACACACACACACACACACACACACACACACACACGUUGUAAAAAACACAAUACAUGAAGCCAAAAACAACAGAAUGUAAAGAAACAGACUACACAUAUGAAGUUGCACAGUAAAAUGCAGUGCCACACACACACACACACACACACACACACACACAAGUCAUAGAAAAGCAACACAAACAUACAAACAGGCAAUUAAAGCAUAUUAAUAUUGAUUGACAUUUGUCUGUGAUGUAUUUUUAGCCAACUUUGAAUGCCAUGUUUGACAAUGAAGUUAUUUAAGCCUUUUAAUCACUAAGAAACAUAAAUACCUGCAUGCAUGGUUUAUUUAAAAAUCUGCCAAUAUCCAUGUACUUACAUGAAAAAUAAAUCUUAUUUUACUUA